AUGUCGCUGCAUUCAUAUACUGCGGCAAAAAAGUGUCGUCAACCAAAAGCGACUGAUGAAACACUCACCUCUGAAAAUUGGGAGUUAAUUAUGAAUAUUUGUGAAAAAGUAGAGACUGGUGGGGAACAAAGUGCAAGAGAUUGCAUUUCUGCGAUACAAAAACGAUUGGCGCAUCGAGCUGCUAAUGUACAAUUGUAUUCUUUGACGCUGUCAAACUCGCUUGUCAAAAGUUGUGGACUACCAGUUCAUCGCGAGAUUUGCAGUCGGACAUUUACCUCGCUCUUAGCGCGUAUGGUCACAGACAAGAACACACACGAAACCGUCAAAAACAGAAUCACUGAGUUAAUUCAAGAAUGGACAUUUGAGUUUAGAUCAAACUCGUCGCUGAGUCUCAUGGAGGAAACAUUUAAUUUGUUACGAGAACAAGGUGUGCCAUUCCUGCCACCCGAUAAGCCAAAAAAGGAACCAACACAGUCUGAAUUAGACAAACAAAAAGAAGAAGACGAACUUCAAUUGGCAAUAGCAAUGUCUUUGUCACAGACGUCGGCUUCAAAAGAGAGAACCGUUCAGCGGGACACAAAACAACCACCACCCGUAUCAAAAGUACGUUCGUUGUACGACUUCACCCCUACCGAAUCAGGCGAACUAGGAUUUUCCCGUGGAGACGUGAUUACCGUGCUGGAGACCGUGUAUAAGGAUUGGUGGCGCGGCGAGUUGAAUGGUAAGACUGGGAUUUUUCCGGUUAAUUAUGUGGAAAAAAUUACGGAACCAAGUCCAGCAGAUCUAGCGCGUGAAGCAGAAAUGGAAGCCUCUGUAUUUUCGGAAGCGUGUAAUGUUGAACGAUUACUCGAGCUGUUAUCGAAUAUUGACCCAACCAAAGAUAGUUUCUCUGAGAAUGAAGCUAUCCAGAAUUUGUACCACUCGACAUUAGCAGUUCGACCGAAACUGGUACAACUUAUUGAAAAGUAUAGUCAGAAGAAAGAUGAGCUUAUCGCAUUAAACGAUAAAUUCAACACGGCAAGAACCACGUACGAUCGUUUACUUGAGGAAUCGAUCAAUAGAUAUAAACCGAAUGCUGUUGGUGUUCCUUCUGGUUAUCCGCCACAACAACAAACAUCAUCUAAUGCUGGAUAUCAACAACAGCCACCUCAAUUCGUUAACCCAAAUCCUCAAGAUGGAAUCUCACAACAGCCACUGUCACAGCAACAACAGCAGCAGCAACCAUAUCAACAAGCUCAAUUCACUCAACCAAAUCAACAACAGCCACAAAAUCAGCAACAAUACCCCACAGAUCCUUCAGCAUACGUACAACAACCACCGCCGCCUCAAUCAUCAUCAUCAGCAACAACAACUAAUGGUAUUAACGCUAAUGGUGUCAAUCCUGAUAAUAACAAUAAUCAACAGACACAACAACCUCAAACACCACAACAGACUUAUCAACAAUUACAAACACCACAUCGUCAAUUAUCGCAGCAGCAACAAUUACCGUAUCCACUUCAUCAACCUCAACAUCAAUCUUCGUUACCAUUACAGCCACAACAGCAGCAACAACCUCCUAUUGGUGGUCUACAACAAUUUAAUUUUGAUUAUCAACAACAACAGGAUACAAAACAAGCCAUCACUCCAAAUUAUUAUAAUGUUCAACCAGCAACGGCAACUCAUCAGGUACCACCGCAAAACGUCACUCCUGGAUAUAAUAAUGCUUCGAUAGUUCCUCAGCAACAACAAUCUCAACAAUACACUGCUCAAGGUUAUUAA